ACAGGUUGAGGCAACCAAUCAGAGAGCAGCAUGCCGCGUUGCCGUGUUCCUGGCUGCGCUUCCGGUUUCUCCUCAGUGGCUGACAGUCAGGAAGCUGCAGUGUAAACAGACACUGUACCAAAGAGAUCUCUGCACUAAACAUGGCGGGGAUUAAAGCACUUGUCGGUUUAUCGUUUAGCGGCGCCAUCGGUCUUACCUUCCUCAUGCUGGGAUGUGCCUUAGAGACUUACAAGUCUUAUUGGCCUCUCUUUGUUUUGAUAUUCUACUUUAUUAGCCCCAUUCCAUAUCUUAUUGCCACAAGAGUCAGUGAUGACACAGACGCAGCAAGCAGUGCCUGCCGAGAACUGGCGUACUUCUUUACCACCGGGAUUGUGGUAUCUGCAUAUGGCCUUCCCAUUAUUCUUGCCAGAAUAACUGUGAUCUUAUGGGGAGCCUGUGGCCUGGUCCUCGCAGGGAAUACGGUGAUUUUCCUCACCAUUCUGGGAUUUUUCUUCGUCUUCGGAAGAGGAGAUGACUUUAGCUGGGAGCAGUGGUAACCCCUGCAGCAUUUCAUAUUGUAUGCAUCAGUGUUUCCCAACCAGGGUGCCUCCAGCUGUUGCAAAACUACAACUCCCAGCAUGCCCGGACAGCCUUCGGCUGUCCGGACAUGCUGGGAGUUGUAGUUUUGCAACAGCUUGAUGUACCCUGUUUAGAAAACACUGGUGUGUAUAUACAACACUUGUCUGUUGAUCACGGCCUCUUCUCAUGUAUAUGUAACAGUGAAGCGGAGGAGGCCGUACGUCCUACAUGACAUUGCAGAUUUCGUUCUUUAUAACAUAUAUGUUUAGUUUUGUAAAAAAAAAAUAAUGUUUUUUCUGAGCGACACACGAGCGUGUUCUCCGUGUUUCCCAGGCUAACGUCUCUUUUUUUUAUACAUGUAUACCCUACCGUGGUUUGGAACAUGCAGCGUGUCAUUUCUACGGCUUUUUAUGUGUUUUUCUCUUUUUUUUCUUUUUUUUGUUGUUGAAACUGACGCACUUUUAAAAGAUUUGUAACUUACAAUUUAUGCAGAAUGGAGGAAAAAAAAUAAACUAUAAUGAAUUUUUUGUAUAA